AUGACCCGGUGGAUACAACUAUUUCCUCCUAUCCUCAAAAAGUACAAUGAUAUUGGAAAGGUUUCUCACUCAGUUAGUCUUAAAAAUAUGGCGAAUUUGAGCACAAUAUUCACUUCCAAAUUUGAAGACGAGGGUGAAAUCACCAGCAUAGAAACCUUGAAGUACAACUUUGGUACAAUAGAAAUAGCUACAGAUAACUUUGCUGACAGUAACAAGCUUGGAAAGGGUGGAUUUGGGGCUGUUUACCAG